UGUUGAUGAUGAUGAUUCUUUGCCUGAGGAAUGGUUUAUAAGCGGGUUGUCUCUCAUUUAAUCCCGAUUGUUAAAUAAUGCAGUUUUAUCUGUGUGUGAUUUUAUUAAGCUUAUCAUUUUUUCUGGUUAUUUGUUGCUAUUAGAUCAUUCUUUUCGCCUUAAUUAUGUGGGAUCUUCCUGCUUGUUUAUGGCGUCAUAAGAGGAAACUGCUGAUUGCCGGUGGGGUGAUCGGUGGGUUUGCCUUUCUUCAGUCACAUCUGAAAAGAAAAUUUGCAGAGUGGGAGUUACGUCAGACUGCCGAACUCCGUAAUCAACUCCAACGCUCAUCCCACUUCGAAAGCACUCUAAAAGCAUGCGAUUCAGUGCUCAUUUCUUUUGCGCCGAAGAUCAAAGAAACCGUAUGCAACAUUCUCGAUGUCAACCCCAUAUUGGAGCAACUCAAGCAAAAAUCAUCGAAUAAAGACCUGUGGCAGCAGUUAAAAAUUUUAGUUUUCGCACAAGUUUUGGGAGAAAUGUAUGCACAGUGUUUAUUAGCUGUUCUGCUUCGGGUACAAAUGAGUAUUUUAGCUGGGUAUGUGUAUGCUAUUCGAAGUUCUAAUAAGUCUGACGGUACUAAUCAGUACGAACAAACCUUGUAUUUGUCCAACAUUUCAAACUUUCUAACUAGUGGCAUCAGUACCUUGCUUAUCCCCAUACAAAACUGCGUAGAAAACGUCCUGAGUUCUGUUCCUUUGAACCGUCCCUUAAAGUUGCAAGAUGUCAGCGACAUUCUUUCUGCAGUUUGCAAGGAUCUCUCCGAAGAAUCGCUCUUACCCAACAUAUCCAGCGAAUUAGUACAAAUGUCGAAUGAUACUACCGACGAUUAUUUUCUACAGAAGAUGUGUUCGGAAACCCGAGAUGUCUUGGAGUGUGCUGAUUUCGAAAGAGUGUUGUCCCUCGGUGUUGAACGUGGCGUCUCUUUCCUGAUGGAUAGACUGUCUGAGUGCUACGUCUUUCUCAGCGAAGAAAAAAAUAAUUUCGUGAAUCCAAAUGAUUUCGCAGCUCCUCUUGCAAGGCUGAUACCUAUGAUGUACAAAGUAUUUAGUCAACAUGAACCAUCUGAGCCAGGUGCUUUAGUACACGCUAUGCUGCAGUUAGAGCCAUUGAACACAUUUGCUGCUAAUAUUUAUGAGUCGUUCAGUCAGACUGAAUUAUAAACUCAAUAUUUAACCUUGUUUGGUGGGUGAUGGAAUUAUUUUUUAAAAUUUUGAUACAGUUAUUGUUAUAAAUGUUCAAUUUUAUUACAUAUUUAAAA